AAAACCCCGAGUGACAGUUUUCUACUGAGGAUUUUUGCAAGUUAAUAAAUUCCCAGUGAAUUUCUUCCUUAUAUCGCUGCUUUUUUGUCAUCCACAAGACUCUUUUCAACUUCCGAAAACGCGCCAUGGCCUUCCAAAUGGGACCCCAAACUCACGCCAUCCCAAUGGAGAUGUACCGUGAGAACCGCGAGCGCGUGAUGAAGGCACUGAAGACGGCCACCAAGGGCCUGAAGGAGGGCUCAAUGGUGUUGCUGCAGGGUGGCCAGGACAAGAGUCUCUACGACACCGACGUGGACUAUGUCUUUCGACAGGAAUCAUAUUUCACGUACCUCUUCGGCGUCACUGAACCUGGAUGUUACGGUUGCGUGGACGUGUCUUCGUGUCGGAGUUUCCUCUUUGUGCCGCGCCUCCCUGAGGAAUAUGCCGUGUGGAUGGGACGUCUGCUGACCAAGGAAGACUUUCGCGCAAAGUACAAGGUUGACGAGGUGCACUAUGCCGAUGAGAUAAACAACGUGAUUGCGUCAAGAAAUCCGCCUGUUAUUUAUGUUUUGAAGGGAAAAAACUCCGAUAGUCAAUUGAUUGCUCAACCGGCUGAUUUUGAGGGAAUUGAUAAAUUCACCGUGGAUUACGAUGCCCUGUUUCCCGUCAUUGCUGAAUGUCGCGUCACCAAAUCCCCGAAGGAGAUCGAAGUGUUGCGCUACGUCUGCAAAGUGUCUUCCGAUGCCCACAAGAAGGUCAUGCGAUAUGUGAAGGCGGGAGUGUCUGAGUUCGAGGCCGAAGCCGUCUUCCUGGAGCAUUCUUAUCGCGUCGGCGGCUGCCGCCACGUGUCGUACACGUGCAUCUGCGGCUCCGGCGACAACUCCGCCAUCCUGCACUACGGCCACGCCGGAGCGCCCAACGACAAGGUGCUGCGCGACGGAGACAUGUGCCUAUUCGACAUGGGCGCCAACUAUGGCGGCUACGCGGCCGACAUCACGUGCUCCUUCCCGGCCAGCGGCCGCUUCACGGCCGACCAGAAGAUGGUGUACGAGGCUGUGCUGGCGGCCAGGAAUGCCGUGAUCGCCGCCGCGCGUCCCGGCGUGUCCUGGGUGGAGAUGCACCGCCUGGCCAACAAGACGAUGCUGCAGCAACUCGUGCUGGGCGGCGUGCUGAAGGGCGACGUGGAGGAGAUGAUGCGCGCUGGGAUGAACGGCGUGUUCCAGCCUCACGGCCUGGGUCAUCUCAUUGGGCUGGAUGUGCACGAUGUGGGUGGGUAUCUGGAGCACUGCCCGCCGCGUCCCACUGAGCCGGGCUUCAAGAGCCUGCGCUUCGCCAGACCUCUGCAGGCGGGCAUGUACGUGACCGUGGAGCCGGGCUGCUACUUCAUCGACAUCCUCCUGGAUCGCGCACUGAAGGAUCCGCAGCAGAGUCGCUUCCUCGUGCCCGAAGUCCUUGCCCGAUUCCGCGGCUUUGGCGGCGUGCGCAUCGAAGAUGAUGUUCUGAUCACUGAAAAUGGAUGUGAAAACUUCACCGUCGUGCCAAGAACUGUUGCAGAGAUCGAGGCCUGGAUGUCCUCCAAGUGAGCAUUCCCGGGAGAUUUUCCCAUCUUGGCGAACAAAUUGUGCCGUGUGCAAGAAUUUAAAUAUACACAUUGGAUGAAUUAUUGGUCAAGAAAUUCAUCACCACG